UUGCUUUCGAAGCUGAAUCGUUCAGCCUUUUCAUGAAAUCUCUUUCUCUUCUGUUAACGUUGCAUUCUGCGUUUCCACAUAUCUGUCUUCGACAAAUUAACACUAUAUUCCCUGCUGAGAAUCAGUCAAGGGUGCGAUCGAAGAAGUGUCUCAAGUAGUCUGAGAGCACAUUCUUUACGACUGAAUCGCUGUUCGGAAUGCGGAAGUGAGAGGAGAAAACAUUACCGGUGGCCUGACAGGCGGCUGGUCUAGGGUGGGCAAUUCUAGCGUAGAUGUGUGAAUAGAAUGGAUCUCUGCCAAACAGCAGGGUGUGAGAGACCGCAGUUCAUCAACUGGCGAGAGCUCUUAGGGCUAGAUUAUGACAUCCUCUCGUCGAUGCCUAAAGAACCAGCAGUUCUCAGACUGGAGCACUUCAGCAACACUAUAUUGCUUCAUUUAAAGAUAUGUGUUCAGAAACCUGUAGACUUGCUAUGUUGGAUCUCAGGUCUGCGAGUCCGAAGUAAAAUAUACUAUCAUUGUUUCUUGACCUUCCUAAGUCUCUUCUUCACCUCUGGCUACAUUCCAUCGAUCAGUUUGCAAUACAUGUUACUUGAUAAGCUAGACUUUGUUGUCGUUGCUACUCUUGGAUUAUGUUCACCAUGGCCUUCCGAUCGUGCUUAGGAGGUUGGCUACAAUCUCUGGCGAAGUUCGUGUAUUUCUCUAAUGAAGAAAUCGGUGGACUUUGCCCUUCUUGUAAAGUCUCGGUAGCUCUCUCCAUGU